ACAACCUCCCAACAAAUAGAGUAAUCAUCUACCAUAUUCACCUUCGUCCUCAUCAACCCUCAGGCGAGCAAUCUGCGGUCCGCUGGUUCCGCAUGAGCACAGAGAUGCCGACCUCAUCAUAGGUCGCAAGAAAGCAGCUCAUCAAGAGGACGGACCGUCGUCUGGCACGAAGGUCGUCGAUCAAGCGUCAGACGGCGACUUGCACAGGAAAACACCAAGACGCAGAGCGCGCACGGCGGCGGUCCAACCCGACACGGUUCAAGACGGCGUGCACACGCGCCCGUACCGUGGCACCUAGCUAUACCACAACACACCCCGGCGACGAAGCUAGACGAUGACCGGUUCUCCUCAGAGGACGCCACGGCGGCGGCCGGCUCCGGCGACGCUGUCUCAGGCAGAGGCGGGCUCUAGGACUGCAGCGGCAAGCGAUAGGGAGAGCGAGGAGCAAUACCAAAAAGCCAAGGACAAGGAGAGCCUCGAGCUGGGCGCGGCCACCGCCGUCUUCGCCCUGGCUGUGCUGCUGGGCUGGCUCUGCCUCCCCCCGGAGGCUAAGCACCCAGGGAACGUGCGCUUCACCGUCUCGCUGCUGCUGUCCUUCGCCACCUUCCUCAGCGGCAACGCCCUCAUGCUGCUCAGCCUCAACUUGCUCGGCCUCCGCGAGGACCUUGUCUCCGGCACUCAGCGCGCCGCCUCCAGGUGCUUGCGCAUCGCCUGCGCCGGGCUCCCGGUGCUGACUCUGCUCAGCGUCAUGGCGCUCCUGCCCGGCAGGGUCUACCGGUGCAUCGGCCUCGCCGCGGUCGUGGCGGUCCUGCUGCCGGCCGCCGGGGCGCACUGGUACCUGAGGCGCCGUGCUGGCGGUGGCGGUGCGGAAGAGGCGUACGCGGAGGACAGGGAGGAGCUGGACGCCGCGUCGAAGAUCACCUCCUCCAUCAUCAACUCUGCGUUUGGCGGCCUCAUCGGCGUGCUCUUCAGCGCGUCCAAGGCGUCCGGCGCGGUCAGCAGGGCCGCCUACGCCUCCAUCUUCCUCAUGUUCGCCACCUCCAUCGCGGGCAUGUUCGUGAUGACGGUGUCGAAGAUGGUGCCGGAGAUCACCAACCUGCGAUUCCGGCGGUUCCUCGUCGCGGCGAUCAAGCUUGCCAACGGCGUCCUGCUUUGCCUGCUGGCCUCCGCCGCCUUCACCGCGGCCUUCGUGGUCCUGGGGUACCGCAUUGUUGCGGCGCUCGCGCCGUUAGGUGUCACAGCUGUUCUCUGCCUGCUGCUCCAGUACUGUGUCGCCAGCCAUGGUCGGCGCGGCAGGGACAACAACCUGCGGGAGCAGGAGAACGAGGAGGCCCGGCUCAAGGCGAUGGAGGACCUCGCGAACAAGGUGACGACGGCGACGCUGGGAGCCAUCAUGAGCGUGUUUGGGGGCGCUCUCGGCCAGAAGGGCGAUCACAAUAAGGCAGUGGCUAUGGACACGUUCAUGGUUGUGCUGACAUCGGCGUUCGUGUCCGGCUUGGGGUUCUUGCUGCUCGCCGCCGCGCCGAUACCGGCCAGAGCGUGUCUUGCGCCAGCCGCCAGGGUGCUGGUCUGGUCGUCCAUGGCACUGUUCGCUGCCACGGCCGUGUCUGCUUACGGGGCAGAGGUUUGGAGGUCGUGAACCAAUAUUUUCAAUCGUAUUAUGGAACCUAAUCGUAAGACCACUGAUAAAACGAUUAGUCAUGAUUAGUCGUCGAUUAGCUCGAUUAGUCGAGUCUAGUCGGUCCUAGUCGUAGUCUAGUCGUCUUGUAUAUUCCAGGAUCAAUACUAUAUAUAUCGGACCCAUAUAAAAUAUAGUAUGUUAUUUAACCAAAUAUCAAGAUAAU